AUGACAUCCGUGCAAGCCUACUACGAACAGGCCGACGACGUCCCCAACUGGCUCGAUGCCAUUUCUGGGGACAACGGAAGCAUCGACCCAAGGACACUCGAAGUCCAUCAAGUGGUCACUACCCACCACAACACCCACCACCCGGACCACCCAUCUCGGUCCGAACAACACCAAUCUCCCCCGUCAUCGCGCCGCUCCUCCACCGACCUACAGUCUGUAGGUCCACUAAAGCUAGAGCACCAGCCACCAGUCGCGAGACUCCUCGGCAAGUCAUCUCUUCGUCGGCUGUACGACCGAAUCAGCCAACACGACCCAAGGCGGACAUUCACCGAGUUCCGCAUCGAAGAAGACUUAAUCUCGCUAGCCACCACAGCGACUGACUCGGAGUACGAAAACUGUUUCCUCCCAUUCUGUGGAGCCUUAGCACCACAGUCUGGAGAAUCCUCUGUAACCACAUCUACUUCCCCAUCACCGUCGCCCUCUCCGCCUACCAGCCACGAGCCCCAGUGGUUGCCACUUGUGGUUGCACAAGUUGUAUCGAGCAAGGCUCGCAAAGCAUGUCGGGUCUUGAAGAAGAAGUUCUCUUGGUGA